CUCAAACUACUCUUUGGCUUUGUCUUUGCCUUCAAUAUGUUUGUUCCUCUGUGUUUGUGUUGUGUGUGCUCUCCAUCUUUUCCAUCUCUAGCUCUUUAAAUUCCCACACAUCUCAUCACUCUCUUCAUAUGGCUCAAACUUAUCCUCCUACACUUAGUCCAACCAUGAGCACAACUUGUCACGAUGAACCUUAUGAACCAGCCAUCGAUUUCAACAUUAUGGUGAUUGUUGCAGCAAUUUUAUGUGCCUUUGUUUGUGCUCUUGGCCUUAACUCUACGUUACAAUGUGUGUUUCGAUGUGCCCUCACCGAGCCAGUCCAUUGGGUUGCCUCUCGUAGACUAAAUUCAGGGUUAAAGAAGAAAGAAAUGGUGGCUUUGCCAACUUCUGUUUAUGCCAAUUCAGGCUCUCCAUCAUCAUCACCAUCAUCAGCUUCAGGUUGUGCAAUUUGCCUAAUGGACUUCAAGGAUGGUGACAAUAUAAGGGUCCUGCCCAAGUGCAACCAUAGAUUUCAUGUCGUAUGCAUUGAUAAGUGGCUGCUCUCUCACUCUUCUUGCCCUACUUGCCGGCAUCGGCUUAAGUCCAGUGACUGCAUGCCCCCUUUAGAGAUUGCCACAGCCUAGUGAACUUUUUUUUUUAUUCCUGCUAGGAUUUGAAGUUGCAAACCCCUGAUAUUAGGUACUGCAAAGGGUACUAAUUCCACUGAGUUAUCACUUGGAACUCAUAGCCUAGUAUACUUAUAUAUAUUUUGUGCUAUUUGUCUCUUCAAUUAGGGUUUUUGUAACUUUUUUUUUUCUUUUUAAUUUUGUCAUAGGCUUCAUAGAGAUUGUCUGUACCGGCCUUGUUAGUAGCUAGAAAUGGCCUGAGUCCUCUUGUGAUGUUUCUUUUAUAUUAUAUAUUCCAUAAAAUUAUAUAUUAGACUCAACUUC